CCAUGGGCGUGAAGUUCUCUAGAGUCUCAUGCUAAAUCAGCCAAGCACAUCAGUUCCAUGAAGGUGAAGGAUCAAACUCCCUCCGUCGCCGGGGUGUUUCAGCCUGCUAAUGUUAGCCAGCUAGCUGAUAAUGUGUCUGAAGUAGCAGGUAACGUGAACCAGCCAGCUGCUAACGUUACUGCUACAGCCCUUCCAGCUACUAGCGCAACGCCCGUUAGUGUGGAUCUGCGCACAGCCUUUGGGUCCACACCAACAAUGAAAGCAGAGGUGUUGUGGACUCUCAACACAGUCGCCAAACAUCAGUCCUACAAUUCAAAUGAGAACGUUUCCGAUCUUUUCAAAUUUAUGUUCCCGGAUUCAGACAUAGCUACCACUUUCACGUGUGGUCCCGACAAAACGGCGUACAUAGCCAAAUUCGGUUUAGCGGUGUUCAUCAAAGAGGAACUGGUGUCCAAAGUCAACAAAUCGCCGUUCGUUCUGAUGUUCGAUGAGAGCCUCAACGAGACUACAAAAAAUAAACAGCUGGAUGUGCAUGUCCGCUUCUGGGACGAGGGACAGGUUCAGUCCAGAUAUUUGGGCUCCCGGUUUAUGGGACAUUCCACUGCACAAGACCUGCUGUCACAUCUCAAAGAAUGUAUGGACAAACUGAACCUCAAGGACUUGGUGUCCAUUUCAAUGGAUGGGCCCAGUGUUAACUGGAAACUGUUCGAACUUUUCCAGAAAGAUCAAGCUGAGCAGUACGGAGGUCUUCAGCUCAUUUGUGUGGGGAGCUGUGGCCUACACACGCUACACAAUGCUUUCAAGUGUGGGUUCACUGCAUGGCUGCUGGACAAGUUGCUGAGAGCAAUGCACACAUUGUUUAACAAUGUGCCUGCCAGGAGAGAGGAUUACGUCACCGUAACCAAGUCCAGUGUGUUCCCCCUUUCUUUCUGUGCCCAUCGUUGGGUAGAAAACCUUCCGGUUGUGGAGAGAGCCCUGGUAGUCUGGCCAUCACUUCUUCUGUACAUGGAAGCUGUGAAAACAAAAAAACUCCCUAACCCUGGAACAGGAUCUUAUGACACAGUUGCAGCAGCCAUAAAGGAUCCACUCAUUCUGGCCAAAUUUCACUUCUACGCAGCACUUGCCAGGACCUUCACGCCCUUCCUAACAAAAUAUCAAACAGACGAGCCGGUGCUCCCAUUCCUCUCCAAGGACCUGACCGAAUUGAUGAUAAGUCUACUCAGACGCUUCAUAAAGAGAGAAGUUCUCAACGAUAUCACUGCCCUGCAGCUGACCAAACUGGAUGUCACAGACAAGACCAUCUGGCUCAGCCCACAAAACAUCAGCAUUGGUCUAGGGGAUGUCAUACUGCAGCAGUUUGACAGUCUCCUGUCCUUGGAGAGCCGGAGUGAGGACUUCCUCUACUUUGCUCCCAUGCAGAAGAGGCUGGACAUCUUCCUGAGCAGUGCCAUGGAGCCUUAUCCAGAGCUGUGGGCCUUCUGCAAGAAGCUGCUCAUCCUCUCCCACGGCCAAGCUACUGUUGAACGUGGAUUCUCCAUCAAUAAAGAGGUGGAGUCAGAUAAUUUGCAUGAGGACACUGUGGUCACACGGAGGCUGGUGUGUGACUACAUUAUACAACAUGGAGGUGUUACCAAGGUUCCACUCAGUAAACCACUACUGACAAGUGUAGCAAGAGCAAGGACAAGGUAUCGUAUCCACCUUGAGAACGAAAGAAAGAAGAGGGAGGCAAAAGACCAGGCUCUCAAGAGGAAGGAGGCAGAGGACUGUCUGCAGGAGCUGAAGGUGAAGAGGAUACGCGUAAAGGAGGUAUCUGAGGGUCUGGCUAGGGAUGCGGACAGGCUGGCUGAGCAGGCUGAAGCAAAGGCAGGGAGCAAAAUGGCUGACCUGAUCUCCAGGUCCAACCUCCUGCGGAGAGGCCAUAAGGAGAAGUUGGCAGAACUGGCUCUCCUUGAUAAAGAGAUCGCUGCUAAAAGUGAAGAGCUUAGGAGUUGACUUUGAUCUUUAUUUUAUUUAUUGUUGAGUUGAUUUUCUUUGUUUGUUGUUCUGGAGUCUCUCUACUCCCCAUAUUCCCAGCAUGGAAUAAGCUAGCUAAUAAAUAGAUUUGUCACACCUC